AUGCACUUCAAGUUGGCAAUUUUGUUGUUGGUGGUUGCUGUACAUGCGCAAUAUCAAUACCACAACGUCAUCGAUGUGAAAUCAUGGCGCUAUGCAAUGGACCAGAGUAAGACAGCAGAGUGCCAUGUGAGUAGCCGCCCGAAUACGGUGUAAAUCCUCUCUCAGAUCCAUGCCAACGAAGCGCUCCAUGUCGUUCUGGACAGAAUCUGCCAGCUUUGUCAUGAAAUGUACAGCCAUGAGAACCCCAAUUUCCGUUCUGAAUGCAGGGCUAACUGCUUCAAAUCGUGGAGAUUCACGAGCUGUAUGAACGUCUUCAAGCCUUAUUGA